ACCAACUAACCAAAUUAUUGAUUAAAUUAAAAUUAUAAAACUUUCUUCAUCAUCCCACUCAACAUGGGUCAUGGUGGUACUGCAGUUUAGUAGUGCCAUGCUGUUGGCAUUAGCAGCUGACAAAAAUGAUUUCUACGACAUGCUGGAAGUUAACAGGCAGGCCAGCACUGUCGAAAUUAGGAAGGCUUUUAAAAAACUCGCCCUCACAAUGCACCCUGAUAAAAAUAGAGAUGAUCCAGAUGCCCAUGAAAAGUUCAUCAGACUGAACAGAGCAUACGAAGUUUUAAAAGACGAUGAUUUGAGAAAAAAGUACGACUUGCAUGGAGAAGAGGGGCUGAAAGAAGGGGGUCCAUCAGGGGGGGGCUAUCAAAGUUGGAGCUUCUACAACCAGCAAUUUGGAAUUUAUGAUGACGACCCAGAAAUCAUAACACUCAGCAGAUCAGAUUAUGACGUUUUGGUUGAGGGCACAAAUGACAUGUGGUUCAUCAACUUUUACUCGCCGCACUGUUCGCACUGCCACGACCUAGCACCCACCUGGCGGGAGGUGGCACGCGAGCUGGUGGGAGUGGUGCGGAUGGGGGCGGUGAACUGUGAGGAUGAUGGACAGCUGUGCAGACAGAAGGGCAUCAGGUCCUAUCCCACACUGCUACUCUAUCCGGAGAGAGAAAAAUACUACUCUACAAAAACGAGACAUGACCUCGUGAACUUCGUGCUGGACCACGUGAGGUCAAAGGUCAUCGAACUCUGGCAGGGCAACUUCCACCAAUCGACCGACCCACAGUACAACCACUUGCCAUGGCUGAUUAGUUUCUGCGGGAAAGAUAGUGGAGAGUGUCUGGAGGAUUCCACGUUAAGGAAGUUGUCAGCCAUCCUCAACGAGUUGGUGAAUGUUGGAAGGCUCAUAUGCACCAAGGAGACUGAAAAAAUUUGUGAGGGCCUGUCCAUUGAGAGUGGUCUGUACUUCUUUGAAAGUGGAAGGGUGGCGAAAGGGCAAGGAAUUGAGAUGACCAGCUACGACACCCAGGAGAUUGCAUACUCCACCAUGAAACAACUGCCCGAUGUUGAGAUGAUUGAUGGGGAUACUUUGCAGAUAAUAACGAGUGAGGCGAAAAAUGGCAAAAAUGAUGGUUGGUUGGUUCAUUUUGUUGAAGGUCAGUUCAAGGACGUCGAGCUAAGGAAGCUCCCCUCACUGGUCGACAAUGUCAAGGUGGGACGAAUUGAUUGCCAGCUGUACAGGAGCCAGUGCAAUCAUUUGCACAUUCACAAGUUCCCAACGUUUGUGCUCUUCAAAGUAACUGGUGGACAGGAAAUACAUUAUGGUCGACAAACAGCCCACGACAUAGCAGCCUUCGUUAAGGACAGUCACCAAAAUUUUGUAACCUCCCUACACCCUGGCGACUUUCCAUCCAUCACCCUCGAUGCACAUCCCUGGUUUGUCGAUUUCUUUGCUCCGUGGUGUCCGCCGUGCUUGAGGCUACUGCCCGAGUUCAGGAAGGCCUCCAGGAUGGUCGGCAUGUCUGUCAAGUUUGGUACUGUGGACUGCACGGUGCAUGCCACUCUCUGUAUGAACUACAACGUGCACUCUUACCCCACCACCAUCUUGUACAACCUAACGAAGCCUCAUCAUUAUCAUGGCCACCAUUCUGCCUCGGAGAUCGUUCAGUUCAUUCAGGACAUCAUGAAGCCUUCAGUGACCAUCCUCGAAGCGGCCACCUUCCAGUCGCUUGUAGCACAACGCUCCCUCGAGCAGACGUGGAUCGUCGACUUCUAUGCGCCCUGGUGUGGGCCCUGCCAGCAGCUGGAACCUGAGUGGAGGAGGCUCGCGAAGAUGUUUGAUGGGGUGAAGAACGUGCACGUGGGGCAAGUGGACUGUCAGGAGCACAAGGAGUUGUGUCAGAGUCUGAACGUCAACUCCUACCCGUCCAUCAGGCUCUAUCCUCAGGGCAGGGCAGACAACAAGAUCUUCCACUUGUACAACGGCUGGUACAGAGACGCACAGUCAAUCAGGGCCUGGGUGUUCGACUUCCUACCCACAAAGACCCACAAACUCGAUGAGACCAAGUUCAGGGAGAAGGUCCUCAAAAGCUCUCGACCCUGGAUCAUUGAUUUCUUUGCACCUUGGUGUGGCCACUGUCAGGUCUUUGCUCCUGAGUUUGAGAGAGUUGCCAUGGAAGUGAAGGGUCGUGUAAAGGCGGGAAAAGUGAACUGCGACGAGAACGCUCGUCUGUGUCAGAUGGCGGGCAUACAGGCCUACCCGUCAAUCAGAUAUUAUAGCCCCGCCUCAGAGAGUUUCUAUGGAGCCGAUAUUGACAGUCAAAACGCUGACUACAUUAUCCAGUAUCUCAACAACGUUGUGCCCCUUGAGGGCCAACAGACUAAAGAUGAAUUGUAACAGAUCAGUAAAACCAUCGGAGAAGCAGUUACACACCAUCCACAUACCACAACCUCCACAAUACACACCACCACAAUCUUCAUUCACCCCUCAUCUACACAUCACGACUUUCACGCAAAAACCAUCCACACACGCAACUUCUUUCCAUACGCACCAUCCACACCACUACUUUCAUCAGCUCACCUUUCACACCACAACAUCCAUCCACCAACAACAUCCAACGUUUUUAACUCCGUCCGGGCAAUAUCUCAUACACUCAUUCAUUCAUUCAUUUAUUCAUUCAUUCACUCCCUCGUGUCCAAGAAGAUCUUUUUAAUUUCGAUUGUCAUAUUUCUUUCAUACGAUAUUUAAUUUGUUUUCAUUACACGCAUCGUGAAACAUCUUCGUUCGUUUUCUAUUAUACACGCAGUAAAAUAUUAUUCUAUGUUUGAUGACGUCAUUCGUCUGAAUUUAAAUUGUGAUGCACUUGCACUGUUUACAUGUAACGUUCGUUUCAUACGUAAUAAAGAGUUUGUUUCCGGUGCUACGUUUACACGUG